AUGCCUCUCGUUCUUCAGCCCGCCGAUGAGGCCGAUGCUCCUCGCAUCGUAGAGAUCGAGCGUCUCGCCUAUGCCUCGAACCCUCUCCAGCCUAUCCUGUUCCCGGGACCAUUCCCACCGCAGGCCAAGCAUGAGCGUGCGGAAGGGCUCAUCAAGCAGCUCCAUGAAGAUCCAACCGUCCGAUGGGUGAAGGCGCUCGACACUGAGACCGGCGAGCUUGCCGCGUUUGCGAAGUGGAACAUCAUCAAGGAACCGAGAGAGCCGAAUCGGGGUCGACAGUUUGGUCCUGGAUGCAACGUCGAAGCCUGCGAGGAGUUCUUCGGCGGAAUUCACAGGAAACGAAACGACCUGAUGGGUGGCAAGGCAUAUUGCUUACUUGACCUCCUCCAGACGGAUCCAAAAUACCAGGGACGUGGUGCAGGAGGAAAGUUGAUACAAUGGGGCCUUGACAUCGCCGACGAACUGCACCUCCCUACGUACCUUGAAUCGUCUCCUGCCGCCCACGGCUUGUAUCAGAAAUUCGGCUUCCGAGAUAUUGACAAACUGACACUUGAUCCCAAGUGGAACUACGGAUCGGCAGACGCGAGCAUUUAUUUUAUGCUUCGGGAAGCAAAAUAG